CAUUAUUUCUACCUAGAUAGUAGCCAUUGGAAGGGGCGGAGGGGCAAUAUAUUUAACGAUGAGGCCCAUGAGCGACGACUGCGGGCCGUUGUCCAAAGUUGCUCCUCCAUACAUACUCUUCAAGUUACGACUUACUAUUUGAACCUCUCCGAUACUUUAAUCGGCUUCAGAAUGGGUGAUACCGAACCAUCCUCCAAAGAGCCCACUGCUGUCACUAUCGGCUCUCUCAGCAUUCGGGGUUUUGUUUCCCAGUUGGGAGUCGCCAACUUCCUGGGCAUCCCUUACGCUGAAAUCCCCGCACGAUUCCGUCAGGCAAAAUUAUUACGCCCAGAGACUCUCAAGGGAGUACAUGAUGGCACCAAGUUUGGACCACGAGCUCCCCAGCCUCCAGACAAGCCCAAGGCUCUACGUGCGCAUUUUUAUGAGGGAGUUACGCUUAGCGAGACCAUACCGUGCUCUGAAUUCGGGUGUUUAAAUCUCAACGUCUACGGUCCCCCAGAAGCUGUGGGAACACAACAGAAGUUGCCGGUAUAUGUGUGGAUUCAUGGUGGAGGGUUCACCCUUGGAGAUGGAGGAGCUGAGUACGAUGGCAACUUCCUCACCAGCCAUGCGAUCAAGUCUGGCAAGCCAAUGAUUUACGUUGGUAUCAACUAUCGGCUAGGUUACUUAGGGUGGCUCACGUCACAGGAACUGGUGGACGAGGCUGUAAAUGCUGGUGAAAAGCCCUUUCGAAAUGUGGGGUUGCUGGACCAGCGACUUGCCUUGCAAUGGAUUCAGCAGAAUAUCAGCCAUUUCGGAGGCGACCCGGACAACGUGACAAUUUCCGGAGAAUCUGCAGGUGCAUGGUCUGUCUUGGCCCAUCUUAGAUCCGAUUUGCCUGUCUGCAAACGCGGGAUUAUCAUGUCCUGUCCUUCAUCUGUCUUUGCAGAUCUCGAGACGAACCAGGCGACAUUCGAUAAACUGGUGGCGAGCGCGGGCGUACCAGUCGAUGCUCCUGCAACUGAAAAAUUAGCCGCCCUUAGAGAUAUGACCUUUGAGCAACUCGACAGCCUCAGAGAUGGUUUCCCGACCACUGCCUGGGAUCCUGAAUGGUUGGUUGGCUUGAACCCCAAGCUGCCUCUGGAAUAUGUUGAACAAUUUCCUGAAUGGGUUGAAUCAGUGAUUGUGGGUUUCACGCGGGAUGAAUUCUCCCUCUUUGGUAUAUCAAGAAAUAUCCACAAAUGGACAGCACAGGAGAUCAGGGAGAGGGUGGCAGCAAUCAUCCCAGACCAAACCUUCUUGGAAGAAGUCAUCGAGACCUAUGGCAUUGACAAAGACUCGGACGAGACAGCGCGAAAAGGGCUCUUUGCUCUUGCCUCUGACUCCAUGUUCGGCAUCGCACCCCUUAAAAUUGGACAAUACACUAAGAUCCCGGUGUGUGUGUAUCGUUUUGAUCAGGCCGAUGUGUACGAGAAAUCGGUCUUCAAGGGCUACGCCUUCCAUGCCAUUGACAGUCUCUACUCGCCCCGAUUUCCUGCCCUCGCGGAGUCUAGCGCUCCUAGGGAGUGUAGGGCCACCGCCGAUCAUCAUUCAAAGAUGCUGAUAGACUUUACCUAUGGCGAGCAACCCUGGGAGACGUAUGCAACUGGCAAGAAGAUCAUGCGAUUCGAUGGUGAGAACAGCGGCCUGUUUGAAUGUCCGGAAGGCCUUGCUCGACUGGAGAAGAUGAUGGCCACCAAGGAGAAAGAAAUAAUGUUCCGUAAAGGUCCAUGGCAGCUCUUGAGGAGAUCAAGUUAGAGGGAUGAAUAUUAGGCGAUCGAUAGGCUUGUAUAGUAUUCUUCUUGUGAUGGAGUACUACUACUUACUUUACACCUUAUAGAGCCAGCUCCACAGGGAAACACUAAUCUCUCUUCCAAGUACAUUUGCAUUCUAUAUUAUAUUUCGUUUCAGGCGUCGUCCGUCAGUCUGCAGCAGUUUCAAAGCUGGAGAGCCUAAGAG